CUUCAGCUCUUUUUUUCGAAGGUCACGUUGUCCGGAACCGGAAAUUGUUUGUGUCGUAUGCGUUGUGGCGUUUCAAUGAAAGAACGUUUCAGUGGUCUCUCUUCAAAGACUUAACUAUAAACAUGGCAGGAACGGCCUCGGUAGCGGGUGAUGUUUUUGUUGACGCGCUACCAUAUUUUGACCAAGGUUACGAUGCAACUGGAGUCCGAGAAGCGGCAGCAGCGCUGGUUGAAGAAGAAACCAGACGAUACAGACCAACCAAGAAUUACCUGAGCUACCUGCCUACACCUGACUUCUCUGCUUUUGAGACUGACAUCAUGAGGAAUGAAUUUGAACGCCUUGCAACCCGGCAGCCCAUGGAUCUCCUCAGCAUGAAGAGAUAUGAGCUUCCUGCACCUUCAGCAGGGCAGAAGAACGACAUCACAGCUUGGCAGGAGUGUGUCAACAACUCGAUGGCCCAGCUGGAGCACCAGGCGGUUCGUAUUGAGAAUCUGGAUCUGAUGUCACAAUAUGGAACCAAUGCAUGGAAAGUAUACAAUGAUAACCUGGCCUUCAUGAUUGAGAUGGCACAGAAAGAACUCCAGAAAUUCAGGAAGCAAAUUCAGGACAUCAACUGGCAACGGAAGAACGACCAGUUGGCAGGAGGAGGAAAACUGCGAGAGCUGGAGUCCAACUGGGUGUCUCUGGUUAGUAAGAACUAUGAGAUUGAGCGAGCCAUCGUGCAGCUGGAGAAUGAGGUCACUCAGCUCAGACAGCAGCAGGGAGAGGAGAACAAGGAGAAUAUCAGACAGGACUUUUAAAAAAACAACUUUGAACGUUGCUCUGCAAAACUCAGGAUCCUUUAGUCACACAAGUGUCACACGUUUAUCCGACUUCACUUAACUGAGAUGUGGUCAAGUUGCCUGUGUGUUGGAGAUAUAAUGUGAAAUACCAUAACCCAUUAGUUUGUCUUUCAGAACGUUUGAGUAGCUGUUCUCUGAUUUUACCACAUAUUUGUUCCACUGUACAAACAGUGUUUCUUCUAAAAUCUCUAAAAUCAUUCAAACUUUUUUUUUAGUUUGUUCACCUAUUGACUGUGGUAACUUCAGGCCUAAGAUUGUAAUUUGUUUUACAUUUUCUUAUUGUGUCUUAUUGUGUAUUCCAUUCAAUGAAGUUGUGUCGGGUGAAAACAGUGAAGAUCUUGUUUAGCAGAAGCAGGAUAAUCUGAUAAGAGUAAUCUCUAGUCAAACUGCUGUAAAACUAAGUCCACUAAAGGUUUUCCCCUAAUUUCCUUUUCACAAUGUAAAUACGUCAUAGUCUGUGGAGGAAUGAUUAAGUUCAUUGUACAUCAACUGGGAAUUGUUUUUAUAAAAUAAACUUUUGUACAUUU